AUGACCUGCUGCGAAGGAUGGACAGCCUGUAAUGGAUUCAGCCUGCUGGUUCUACUUCUGUUGGGAGUAACUCUCAAUGCAAUACCUCUAAUUGUCAACUUAGUGGAGGAAGACCAAAUUUUUAAAAACCCCAUCUCUUGCUUUGAAUGGUUCUUCCCUGGGAUUAUUGGAGCAGGUCUGAUGGUCAUUCCAGCAACAACAAUGUCCUUAGCAGCGAGGAAAAGAGCAUGCUGCAAUAACAAAACCGGGCUGUUUCUUUCAUCACUUCUGAAUGUGAUCACCGUCAUUGGAGCUGCAUACUGCCUGAUGGUGUCCAUCCAGGCUCUCGCGGAGGGCCCUCUCAUUUGUAACUCUCAAGGCAACAGCACUUCCAGUUGCGAAUUUUCAUUUAAAAACUUAACUGCCACUCAUCCAGAAUCCUUCGAUCUGCAGUGGUUCUUCAACGACUCUUGUGUUUCUCCUACGGAUUUCAAUAAUCCCUCCAUCAACAACACAACAGCCAGUAACUGGAGAGCAUACAGCUUACAUUUUAAUUCUAUAGAAAACAAACAUAGGAUUAUCCAUUUCUCAGUAUUUUUAGGUCUACUGCUCGUGGGCAUUCUUGAGACCCUGUUUGGGCUCAGUCAGAUAGUCAUCGGCUUCCUUGGCUGUCUGUGUGGAGGAGUCUCUAAGCGAAGAAGCCGAAUUGUGUAG